AUGACGGAAAGAUCGUUCUCUCAGCUCCCGAUCUCCUCUUCUCACGGUGGCAGAUGGAUGUUUUACUCUAAGAGAGGGAUUUUUUCGGUCUCGGAGUGUGGGAUACACACACUUCCAGAGGUCAUCUUCCUCUGCUUCUUCACUCUCUGGUUUUUCUCACACUCAGUGAGCUUGGACAUGAACGAUGGAGAGAUAAUGUCCGUACAUCGCCUUGAGAAAUCCAUGGCAGUGAGAAACGAGUCUCAUGUCAGCUUGGCGAUUCUUGCUUCCUCUGCCGUUUCCCCAGUCUCUGCCAAUCAUAAUCUGACAGCUCAUCACAACGCAACCCAAUCGCACAAUGCAACUGAUAAGCCUGAGCUUCGUAACAGGGAAGAAACUGGGGGAAAAGGGACGAAGAUCAAAGGUAGAAAGGAAAAAAGAGAGAAAGAGAGUAAAAAGUUCAAAUCGGUGGUAAAAGCAAAGCAGUCGUCACUCGCCGGCUAA